AUGUCCCUCGCUUUUUCAGGCUACAGCGACCGUACCAGUCCCUUGGGACUGCCUUGUGAAUGUCGGAUCGAUAAUGGCGCAACGGGCAUGACGAGCAUGCGCAUGGUGUCCACCCUGCGGCUUAUUUUUGCAUCUCAGACCACGGUCUCUCAGCCUGCUAGGCUCCAGCGCGUCUAUUCACUGGGACCAUUCCUGGAGGUUGACCAUACGUCACGCAUUUCUGUGAUCAAGCUGUAUCCCGACUCAGUUACCUGCCAGCUCCGACCUACCAAAUUGCGCAAGAGCUUGGGACCUAUGCGUGUAACAAACCAGGACCAAUGUCCCCGAAUAUCUACGAAGCCUCGACCAUCCCGUGGUUAUACAAGCUCACCUAGCGGCAAGGCUUGUAAUCUCAACGGGGACAAUACUACAGCCGCAAUGACCAUCCGCGAGUGUCCAAGCUUGGAAAGUCCAGAGAUCGAGUUGCCGUGCAAGAGCAACACAGACACAGAUCCCUCAAACUCGAGCACGCAGAGGCGAGUGACACAUGCGUAUCAGUGGUGCACACAUCCCAGCUCCAGACUCAGCAUCAGUACCCGCUCCAACGUUGACCAUCCCGGGUGGAGGCUCAGACUUGUACCACGACCCAAGGCAGGCCACCGUCUAUAUCCUGGUCAUUCAGACCGUCCCACCCAGUCAGCUACAUUCAUUGCUGGUCUGUGCCCCGGCUAUGCUUUGUGA